AUGCACUUCGCCAAGAUCUCGAUUAUUCUUGCCAGCAUCCCUGCAGUCCUCGCAGCCCCCGCCGCCCAACAAAAGCGCGGAGAUACCUGCACCCUCAUGGGCACUGAGGGAAUCAGCCAAUCUACCUGUGGAGGAGUGGUAAACUGCAUUGCUGCCACUGGAAGCCUGAGACUGCAGUGUACAAAUGGUGUCAAGUGGGACAACAACAAGCAGGAGCCCAUUAAGCAAACAAUCAAGGCAUCAGACUCCGGCCUCGACCAUGACAUUGACUGGGACCAGCAGUGGAUGACUGGUGGUUACAAGUGGUGCACUGCUGCAUACAAUGGUGGCGAUAAGAUCGAUGGAAAGGUUGAUGACCCCAAGGUUUCGGGCAUGUUUGGUGAGACUGAUCAGAGCUAUACCUGUGGCGUUACCUUCGAUAUUUGA